AUGGAGCUCGAGACGCCGCGGUCGGGGGCGAAGAAACCAUCCUCCGACGCGACGCGCGCGGGCGCGGGCGGCGCGUCCGCGGGCGCGGAGUCGCGCUGGAGCGGCCGCGGCACGACCCCGGAGACCGCGGGCGACGAUUACAUCCUCGCGAAAGCGUACUUCGACCUCGGGGAGUACCGCCGCGCGUCGCAUCAGCUCAGCGAGAAUCGAUCCUCCCUCGGACGAUUCCUCAGGUACUACGCGCUGUUCCUCGCGGGGGAGAAGCGCAAGAACGAGGAAGCGCUCGAGGUCGGCGGCGUCGGCGGGACCGGCGCGAAGGACGUCGCGAACAAAGAGCUGGAUCCGAUCCUCUUCGACCUGCCGAUCAUCGUCGAGGACGACCACCCGGACUCCUCGGAGACGUGCGACGACCCGUUCCUGCAUUACCUCCACGGACUGUGCCUCAUCGAGAAGGAGCGCAAGGACGAGGCGAAGCAGGCGCUGUGCGCGUCCGUGCGCGGGUACCCGUGUAACUGGUCCGCGUGGGAGGCGCUCAUGCCGCUGUGCUCGACGUUGGACGAGGCCAACGCGUUGCCGCUGCCGACGCACUGGACGAAGAAGUGGUUCACCGCGGCGCUGCAGCUCGAGCUGCAGGAUAAUCGGAAAGGGUUGCAAGCGUACGCGCAGUUAGUCACGGAGAUACCCGCGUCCGCGAUCGGCGUCGUGCAGAUGGCGGUCGGCCACUACAACAUGCGAGAGUUCGACCGCGCGCAGAGCAUCUUCGAGGACGUGUACCGCGCGGACCCGUACCGUUUAGAGGGCAUGGACACGUACAGUAACAUUUUGUACGUCAAAGAAUCGAGCGCGAAGCUGAGCUACCUCGCGCACAGCGCGGUGCUGACGGACAAGUACCGCCCGGAGACGUGCUGCAUCGUCGGCAACUACUACUCCCUCAAGGCGCAGCACGAGAAAGCCGUCGUGUACUUCUCCAGAGCGCUUCGUCUGAACUGGCGGUACCUCAGCGCGUGGACGCUCAUGGGGCACGAGUACGUGGAGAUGAAGAAUCCAGCGGCCGCGAUCGACGCGUACAGGCACGCGGUCGACAUAAACCCGCGCGACUACCGAGCCUGGUACGGCCUCGGGCAGACGUACGAAAUUCUGCAGAUGCCGUAUUACGCGUUGUACUACUACCAACGCGCGACGCGGCUGCGACCGAAAGACCCGCGGAUGUGGUGCGCGAUGGGGCAGUGCUACGAGAGCGACCAGCUGCAGAUGACCGUCGCCGCGAUUCGGUGUUACCAGCGGGCGGUGACGUGGAACGAUAUGGAGGGGAUCGCGCUCGCGAAGCUCGCGAAGCUGCACCGCGACAGCGGAAACGCGAAAGCGGCGGCGCACUAUUACCGCCUGAAUCUCGUGCGUCUGGAGAACGAGGGCGCGGACACCGCGGAGAUGGUCGAAGCGCUGCUGUAUCUCGCGAACUUUUACAAAAAGCACGAGCGGUACCGCGACGCGGAGGCGUGCUGCAUGCGUUUACUGGACUUCGCCGGACCCGCGAAGCAAGACGCGAAGGCGCUCUUGCGGGAGAUUCAUAACCUUCAGAACGUCGCGGCGGCGGCGGCGGCGGCGGGCGGGGGAGCGGGAGGCGGCGCGGGGGAGAUCGAGGAAGCGGAUCCCCCGAUGGACACGUCGUGA